AGCGACUGGAAUACCGUCGCCAUGUUUUAGAAUACAACGACGACAGUGUGUGAACUUGAGCUGAAAAACGUCGAUUUUAUCACUGGUAUUACGUAGUUGCAAUACGAUGGAAGUUGCAUAAUGAGAUUUGGACUGAAGCAGUUGAAAAGAUAUUCCACAUGUUGAGUUAGAUGCAAGCAGAUGAUUGGUUCUUUGGGGUUCACCUGGACCAAUGAGGAGGCUGCUUACAUUUCGGAAUGGUCUAGCCUUCCACACAAGUCAAGUGCCAUAUUACAUUCGUAACCUUCCAAUUUACAUUCGCACAAUGUACACGACAAAGCUUCAGUUCAGCAUUCUUUUCGUAAAACACAUCUCGAUGCUGGUUCUUUUAAUUGGCCUCAGUCUGGGUUUGUACACCAGAUGGCAGCACACAGAGGACAUCACCAUCUUAAUGCUGGCCAUAGUGGGGCUGUUUGUGAUGACUAUCUCCCUGGCUUUGACCUACUAUUUCUCCAUGGAGACGUUGGGGUCCGUCAUCAUGCACCUAUGGCUGGGCAGCCUGGUCGGGAUGAUAGCCUUCACAGAGAACAAGAUGUUCCAACACGAAACCCUGGAGGAAGUGAUGAACAUACUCCUCAUCACCAGCCUUGGAUUGCGCUGUUUUUGGGCCGUGGGAGAAAGGUGUGUGCAGGCGGUGUCGUACUCACGCACGCUGGCGACCAAGAUGGAGCUGACUGAGAUGAUGGGAAUGAUCAUUGCUAGUAUUUUGACAGACAAAGACUUUUUAUCUCUUGCCCUGUUAACCAGUGCUCUGAUUGUGACGCUCAUUGGAAUACGACUCAAGUCCAUGUUAUCUGUGUUGUUAUUGAUUAACCUUGCUGUCAUAUCAACGUUUUUCUUCUUCCCAGUUUUGAAGAUAACUGUGAAUAUUUACGCCUUAAGUUUGUUUGUUGGACGCAUGUGUUUCGAGCCUCUCAUAGAUCUCUACUUUUCCAACCUCACCACAUUGGAGAGGUGGCAGGCAUUCUUGGACUUGUCGAGUUUUUACAGAAAAGUGACGCUCAUUGUUAUAAUGCUGGUAGAACUCACAUUUGUGUCUUUGAUGGCUUGGUACAUGCCCAACCACAAGGAAUGGUUUAUAGUGGUACCAAUAUUUGGUGCCACGGCCCUGCUCUGGCUCAGCUUCCACCUAGUCUUUCUCAUCACUUGUUGGCAGCUCAUGAACAAAAUCACAGAUUGUAACACCACCUAUGGAGCAGUCAGUGACGAAAGCAAGAAUCUCGGCCAAAUCAUGGCUUCCAAGGGUGUCCGCCAUUUUGCACUGAUUUCUCAGCGUUUGGUUAUGUUCACGGUCUUGAGCAGCGUCAUCGUAGCUGCUGUAGGGUUUGAGACUAGAAAAGGACUGACGAUCAGUUUAUUCCUGACUAUUCUGCCUUUGGAGUGCAUGGUGCUCAGCUUGCUGCUUGAGCUAGGGUCUGUCUUGGGAGGGACGUGUGUGGGAUAUGCACUGGUGGCGCCAUCUACAUACCACAGGAAGGAUGCCAAGGCAACGGUCCUACCCACCAACGCCCUACAGGAGCUGGGGUCAAGGUCAACACAGAUCCUGAACCAGAUCCAGCAUUUCUUUGCCUACCAUAUGGUGGAUGUGUACGGCUGUGACUACUCUUCCAGUGGUAUCGCCAGUGAGGCGCUGCAGUCGAAAUUAAAGGCAUUUUUUGACCGUCGUAUGUCGGAUGGGCCAAGAUACGACACGUACAUUGUGUAUUAUAGCGGUCAUGUACAAGAGAAUGGGGAUUGGGCUCUUGCAGGAGAUGGCACACUGAAAUACGAAGACCUUCUCGAGUGGUGGAGAGAGAAAAAUGCUGACUCUGAUUCCCGUCUCAUCCUCGUCUUGGACACGGAACAUUCCUACAAGUGGGCCAAACCAGUUCACAAAACCAGGGACGCUUUUAUAGCUCUUCAGGCAACGAAGAUUGGAAAAUACACAGACCCUGAAGAGGGCGCCACAAUCAAAUUGGGUGACUUCACCAAGGAGUGGGUGGAGUAUAACAACGUCAGUCUAAGCGGGUACAGCGAUAUCAACUGGAAGGAUUCAAGUCGCGUCAUUAAGGCUGUCUAUUCCACUUCUCGGUGCUGGACUGACUUUACCUUCCAUCUGCCGACCGAGGACGAGAUCGCGCAGCACUGGCAGAGCAACUUCCCCAAGUUUACGCGUCCUCUGAUCAAAGCUACUCACUUCUGCCCCAGUGUCAGCAACCUAUGCUUUUGCUGUGACUGUGUUGUGAGGUGUAUGAGGAGAAAAAAGAUGGCUUGGUUUCCGCCAUCUGAGUUGGAUACUGGGCAUGGGUUUAAAUUGGUCAGGUCUUAGCAUGCCUUGUCUUACAGAGGUUCUUUCUGUCACAUCUGACACACUGUCACAUCUAACACACUGUAAUGCUGUUACAAAUGACACAAGACACAAGAAAUCACAUCUGACACUCUGUCUUAGUUGACACACUUCUAUGACAAUAGUAUUUGGUCUUUUGGGCCAGAACCUCAUCUCAGUUGAAUCAUACAUUGAGUAGAUACAUCUAACUGCAAACGAAAAAAGUGAUGUUAGUUUACAAGUUUUACUAACCUAGCUUAGUCCCAGCAAUUU